AUGGAAUCGCGUGAAGCAAAUAACGAGCAUGAAACACAACAACAACCACGACCACCACCUCUUCAACAUCAGUUUCCUCGUAACCUUCAAACUGCAACUAUGGUUCUGGUGGGUCCCAAUCUGUUUACAAACAGCACCGUUCCCACAACCAUGAUGACACCUGUCACUGCUCAGUUUCCUCCGUUCAACAUGAACAUUCACCCUUCUCCUCGUGAGAAUUUCAACAACAACAUCAAUGAUAUUGUAACUGUACCUCAAACUGCACCAUCCACUACCUUGAUGCCAUGCAUGACGGUGGCGGGAGGUUCUUCCUCUGUCUUUCCCUCUGCCUCUGACUCCAGUUCGGCUAAGAGGAAGAGGGGAAGGCCGAGGAAGUAUUUUGGUGAUGGUGAGGUUGAUUCUGGCUCCGGCUCGGGUCAAGCUCAAGCUGCUGUUGUUGCUCCUCCUCCUGCUACUGCUACUGCAGUUACUUCUCCUGAUUCUUCUGCGAAGAGUGCCAGAGGAAGAGGAAGGCCUCGUGGCUCUUUUAAGCAGAAGAAUGUGAUUGGACUUGCUGGUACAUGUUUCACUCCGUAUGUGAUCAUUGUGAAUCCUGGGGAGGACAUUGUUGCGAAACUUACGGCUGCUUGUCGCGGAGGACCUAAUUCUGAGAUAUGCAUUUUUUCUGCCCAUGGUUUGGUUAGCACUGUUGCCCUUCAUCAUUUGGAGAAAAUCGCUACUUAUGAGGGAACAUUUGAAAUUGUAUCCCUCUCAGGGACCUUGGCAUCUGAGAACAACAAUGGUGGUAAAAGAAUGGGUAGCUGGAAGGUAUCUCUAUGCGGGGGUCGUGAUGCACGCAUUUGGGGAGGUGUGGUUGCUAAUAAGCUUAUUGCGGCAUCGUCUGUUAAGGUCAUAUUGGGUAGUUUUACUGUGGAUGGAAAAAAGGCUAGCUCAAGUAACUGGAAUUCUGGGCCUUCUUCAGCGCCAUCGUCCCAAUUUGCUGCUUUUGGGACUCCAACUGGCGCUAUGUCUCAAGGGCAUUCAUGUGAUGAGUCCUCUGGUGACAAUGACGACAACCCUUUUAUUCAUGGACCAUCUGGAGUCUACAACAAUGCUGAGCAGCCUAUUCCCAACUUGGCGGGGUACCAGCAGAUGUGGGCUCGCCAUACUCAGCAGUGA